AUGAGAAAAGCUCUCGGGAGUGAUGGUGUGUUGCCAUCAGGAGUGCUGGUCCAGAAGGACAGGCUGGUGUUUUCUCGCCCGCUGCAGCAGACAGAUGAGGGUGUUUACGUCUGCAGGACACACAACAGUCUGGGAGUCGCCAAAGCGGAGUUCACACUGCAGAUUGACACUGUUCGCAGUGAGUUCUCCAUCAGUUCGUCACACACUCUCCUCAUCGUGAUUGGAGCGGCUUCUGCGGGUGUUUUAGUGUUAUUUGUGGUCUUUGCCAUAAUCUACAUCAACUGCAACCUGAGCCGCAAGAACCGCAAGCUGAAGAGAGCUCUGAGCGCCAGAACGGAGGAGAUGCUCAGUCUGUCGCGGCAGGUGUCCAUGAGGAGACUGGACUCCAUCAACUGUGACCCCAGAGCGCAGACGGAGGAGAGUUCACUGAGCCGCAUGGACAGCGGCAUGAAGAACAGCGCUUUAUCAGUGGAGGAUCGCUCGCUGCUCGGUGAUGUGAGAUGCCGACAGGGAGAUGGAGAGUUCGACAGUCUCGGUCGACCAGCGAUCUACACCUCGUACCGACCCGAACGCCAGAGUAAAAAACUGCGAGAAAUCGAGGAGGAGAGAAACGAGCGCAGACGCAGAGUCGAGUCCUUCGUGCGCUCCAGCAACAUGUCUCUGGACUCGGGUCUGCGGGAUCAGUGUUCUCCUCCUGCGUCUGUGAGCUCGGGUCCGACCGCAGAAGCCAACGGCGACGGCUGGAAACGCGGAUCUCGCAGAGAGAUUCACCGAGUGGAGCGAGAGAGAGACAGACUCCCAGAAGGAGAAGAGGAAAACCCUGCGCUGAUGUCUGAAACCGCCUCCAACUACUUCCAGUGCAGUAACAUCGGACUGGUGCCUAAAAACGCUAUCAACGGUGGCGGGAAACACCUGCACGGACAGGUCAUCUGACGGACACACACUCUGACAAUAACACACACUCUUUAUUCUGACGAUAUUAUACACUCGUAUAAACCUGCGUGACUGCUUUUUAAACCCUUUCCACAUGAACAUGGGUAUUUUUAAAACCGCAGUUUUCUUUUCUACGCGGCUUUGCUGUUCGUCCACACAGAAACGCAGCGUCAGGUGACGUACUAAACUUUCUGAAAACUCCAGCCAGGGUGAUUAUUUUCAGAAUCUACCGGUCCAGUGUGGUCGUGUGGAUGCUACAACUGCAGUUUGAUGUGUGUGUGUGUGUGUGUGUG